AAAUGCACAUGGAUUCCCUAAGGAACUCUCUUCCAAAUCUUGCACUCCUCUCCAUCCUCUUCGCUGCCCUUCUCUAUCUCUUCAAGUGGUCUUCCUGUUCCUCAGAUAAUCCUUUACUCGCUCAUUCUCAUAAGUACUCCUGCCAUGGCUCCUCUCAACCUCAUGUAAUAAAAUUCCCCGUAGAUGAACUGGAGUUGGCCUUGCACAAAGCUUCCACGCCCAACAAAACGGUCAUUAUCGUUGUUCUCAACAAGGCCUACGUAGAACCAAACGUUAAAUUCGAAACCACAGUGCUGGAUCUUUUUCUCGAUAGCUUUUGGUUAGGGGAGGGCACCAGGCCACUGCUUGACCAUCUUCUUCUAGUCGCCGUUGAUCAAACCGCAUAUGAUCGCUGCAUCUUCAAACGUCUCAACUGUUACAAGAUGGAAACGGGGGGUGUGGAUUUCGCCGGAGAAAAGCUUUUCAUGUCUGAAGAUUUCAUCAAGAUGAUGUGGAGGAGGACCCUUCUUCUCUUAGACGUUCUCAAGCAUGGCUACAGCUUCAUUUUCACCGAUGCUGAUGUGAUGUGGCUAAGGAACCCAUUUCCAAGGCUAAGCAAGAACGAAAGUGUAGAUCUCCAAAUUAGCACCGACUGGUUCAACGGUGACGCACUGUCCGAAAAGAAUGCAAUUAACACAGGAUUCUACUAUGUAAGAUCCAACAACAAGACCAUAUCAUUAUUUGAGGCUUGGUACUCCAGGAAAGAUAACUCCACAGGGAAAAAGGAGCAAGAUGUUCUGUUGGAUCUAAUGCUGGAAGGUGGAUUCAGAAGGUUGGAGCUUAAUCCAAGGUUCUUAGACACUGAGCAGUUUAGUGGGUUUUGCACGGAUAGCAAAGAUAUUAAGGAGGUCACCACUGUUCAUGCCAAUUGUUGCAGGAGUAUAAGUGCGAAGCUGCUUGAUCUAAGGGCCGUGCUUCGUGAUUGGAUGAGAUUUAAGGCAGCCAAUGGCCGUGCUCACCCAAAUGGAACCACCGUGCCUUUCCGUUUCAGGUGGUCAGGUCACUUCGGGUGCCGGAAUUCCUGGAAUAAUACUUCUGCCUAGUUCAUUAUAAUAUUUACGUCUUAUCCUUUUUUUUUUAAUUACUAUUUUAAUAGAGAGAGAAUCAAGUGCAUAAAUUUUUAUGAAAAGAAUUGCCUUUAAAAUAAAAUUAAUUAAAGUUUUAAUUUCUAUUAA